CUUUAUCCUUGAAGAUUGCACUCCACAGUGUAUUGCUUAAUUAAUUUGGUACAAAAAUUAGUUCACUCAUUAGGCAUUACAGCAGCAGCGACCGUAUGCACUUGGUCUCAAUCAGCGAACAUGACGAAGCGUGACAAAUUCAUUGAGAGCAAUGCAAUAGUAUUUCGCACCAGAUAACCCCCACCAAGUUGUCCACUACAGUGGCGGCUUGCGCGGGCGCACCUCUCUCUCGCCGGACAGUGACACAGUGACCGUUUUAGCGGUCGAGGGCUCAGGCCAUGCGCCACUUCAAUAUAUCUAUAACUGUCGUCGUCAUCGUAUACCUACUUGUCGUGACGCUCGCGGCGAAGAUGCCGCCAACCGAAGUUCGUCCGAGACACGAUCUCAAUUUCGCCGAAACUGUUUACGCCAAACUUUCCGGUGCAUGUAGAGCAUUAAUGGACCUUCAAUAUAACUCGCUAAGUGAUCAAAACGACUUAAUAAAGACAAUGAAAAUUAUAUACCUGGAUGGUAACGACAUGAAAACCUACCCCAUCGACGCCGCAUAUGUCGCACUAACUAAGCCAGCUAAUUUUGAUAUAUCAAAGCAAACAAAGAUUGUAAUUCACGGCUAUAAGGACAACUCACAGUCGGCAGUGCCUCUGGCCUUAGCUCAAGCAUACAAUGAGAAGAAAAUGUUCAACGUUUUGCUAGUCGACGCGGAGGAAAUGAUUAACAAAUGGUACAUCCUCUCCGUUCAUAACGCGCGGCUGGUUGGAAAACGAUUAGCAAACCUACUUGCAAACUUAGAAAAUUUUGGAGCAAACGCUGAAGAUUUUCACUUACUCGGCAUAAGUCUGGGUGCACACAUCGCCGGGUGGGCUGGUAAAUACUUCCGACAGUACAAAGGACACAACUUGGGCCGCAUCACGGGCCUGGAUCCGGCGGGACCCUGCUUUUCAUACGGGCACAGCGAUCAAAGACUGGAUAAAACGGAUGCUAAUUAUGUGGAUGUGGUUCAUUCGAACAGAUUAAUUCAAGGAGCAAUUGAGCCUCUGGGUCAUUCAGACUUUUACAUCAAUGGCGGAGGACCGACUCAGCCAGGAUGUUUCAUGCCUUCCUGCAGUCACUUGCGAGCUGCUGAAGUGUAUAUAGAAAGCGUAAGAAACCCGAAAUCUUUUGUGGGUGUCCAGUGUGAGAAUUGGGAGCAAUUUAAGAAAAACCAGUGUGUUGAUAAGGACUACGCAGUGCUGGGAUACGGCUCGUCGAGCGCGACCAGAGGGCUCUACUACUUGAGAACCUCGUCACACUCGCCAUUCGGCCUUGGAAUUAAAGGAGCAAAAUCUGUGAAUUCAAAAGUUGAUCCUUGGUUAGAAAGCCUUAAUAUCACUUAAUUGGCUAUUUCAAAGAAUAUUUCGUAUAAUAAAUUGUUGCCAUACCGUUUACAAAAACAAAGUUUUUUCUUGUGCAAAGUUUCCUGUCUGAAAGUGGGCUGUGUAUGUUCGCAUUGGUUCGAUGGUAUCUACAGAAACUUGGUAAGUGACUUUAUUGCUAUCAAAUUUCGAAGAACUUUUCAGCGAUAAAGUCGAUAAUUACCUAUAUUUUAAAAAGUUUUGCAUAUGUUGGAAAGUUAUCCAAUUUCCUUUAUACAAUCAUCAGUUGGCAACGUAAUACGAGU